AUUUUGACGCGUUAAAUUUGUACCAAACUUUCUGCAUUCACAACUUGCUAAAUGGGUGACGAAAAUAAACGACCCACAGGCAGCACGACACUCGUAGCGGCGGCUCCAACCAAAAUAUCAUCGAGGAAAGAUGGCGGCAAAGAUACUGAAAAGUCCAAGAAUGUUAUGGAGGGAUACGUCAAAAUGGACAAGAUUGGAGAAGGAACGUAUGGAAUUGUCUACAAAGCGAAACACAAAGCGAGUAACAAAAUCGUCGCUCUGAAGAAGAUCCGUCUUAACUCUCACGACGAAGGUGUGCCUGCAACCGCGAUCCGAGAAGUCUCUCUGUUAAAAGAGCUGAAACACGAGAAUGUCAUUAGAUUACUCGAUAUCAUUCAUAACGAUACCAUGCUUUACCUUGUAUUCGACUUUCUUGAUGUCGAUUUGCGAAAAUACAUGGAUGCUGCGGGUAAAGAAGGAAUGACCAAGAUCCACAUCCAAUCGUUCAUGCAUCAAUUGGUUUGUGGAUUGUCCUAUUGCCACUCACACCGAAUUCUCCAUCGAGAUCUGAAACCGCAAAACCUUCUCAUCGAUAAAACUGGCAAACUAACCAUAGCUGAUCUUGGAUUGUCUCGAGCAUUUGGUAUCCCAAUGAGAACUUAUACCCACGAGGUCAUCACAUUAUGGUAUCGAUCACCCGAAAUAUUGCUAGGAAGCAAGCAUUAUUCAACGUCGGUGGAUAUGUGGAGUGUUGGGUGUAUAUUUGCAGAAAUGGUGACCCUGCGACCGCUAUUCCCAGGUGACUCGCAGAUUGAUCAACUUUUCCGGAUAUUUAGAGUAUUGGGCACGCCGACAGAAGACCAUUGGAAAGGAGUCACUACUCUACCUGAUUACAGUCCUACCUUUCCUCAAUGGAAGGGAGAGGAACUAACCAACAUAGAAGAAUAUUUGGGACCCAACGGAACGAAACUUUGGAAGAGUUUACUUGCGUAUGAUCCAGCACACCGUAUAUCAGCCAAAGCGUGUAUGGAACAUCCUUACUUUUUGGAAAGCUUACAUGAGUCAUAAAUGAAAGAACAACCCUGUUGAAAGACCCUCCAUGUAACUUGCCUACCCACUGUAAUAAAAGGAAUAUACAAAAUCAAAAAAAAGAAAAGAAAAA